GGGGAAACAGUUCUGGUUGAAAGUCCGUCGAUUCGGUGUGAAAAAAAGCACAUAAGAAUUGAAAGGUCUGUUUUUCUUCUUUUCCCUGCGGUGUCGCUUUCUUUUAUGCCUCCGCACGAAGACGAGAUUUCCGAACAGACGCCUUUGCUGGGCGGUCCUUCCGUCGCGGCAGCCAAACCGGCCAAACCGAAAUGGAAAGUAUAUGCCGUGCUUUUAGGCUUUCUCGUGAUCCUGACGACGUGGGUGUAUAAUGUACGAAGACACUUGCCGGUGCCACUUUCUGAUCCCGAAGCUCGUUCAAACGAUGAUUUCCCCGGCAUUCACUGCUACAACGAAUAUCUCAGCAAAUUCACUGAACCUCAUUCGGCCAAUCAACGUAACAAUGUAGUAAUGAACGAAUGGAUCGCUUCUUUGGUGAAAGGAUUCCAGAAGGACGCCAGCGCCAACAACGUGACCAUGGAAGCCAUUCUUCGUGAUCCCACCACCAUCAUAUCCAAACGUAACAAAUUGAGUCAAGACGAGUAUUGGUACGUCGAGUCCAGCAAUAUCAUGGUUCGCCUUCAUGGUCGCACGGGUAACACCAGUGAGGCUUUGCUCGUUAAUGCGCACUACGACAGUGUGUCCACCAGCCAUGGUGUCACAGACAAUGGCAUGGGCACCGCUGUGGCCAUUGAACUCCUACGUUAUUUUGUACGCCAUCCCCCCGAACAGACCCUCAUUUUCUUGUUCAAUAAUUUUGAAGAGGGUGGACUGAUUGGCGCCGACGUUUUUAUUCAACAUCCUUGGUUCCAAACGGUGAAGUUCUUUGUCAAUCUCGAGGGAACAGGAGCUGGCGGCCGUCCACUUCUUUUCCGAUCCAACCAUUUAGCAGCCACGCGACAACUGGCAAGAUCCAAAGCCAAACUAUUGCAUGGAUCGCCUUUUGGAAAUGGUUUACUAAAGUCCAGAACUCUCAGAAGUGAUACCGAUUAUACGGUAUUUACUGCUCAUGGAGCACACGGUUUCGAUAUUGGAUUUUACGAACCCCGUUCCCACUACCAUACUCAACGCGAUGAUUUGGCACACACUACACGAAGCUCAUUACAAUACAUGGGACAAAUGGCGCUCGCUGCGGUACGAUGUGUCGAUGCUAGCGAAAGCUUGACAGAAGAUGGUGAUGAUGACGAAUUCAUUUAUUAUGAUAUCCUCGGUCGAUUCAUGGUCGUCUACAGUUUCACCACGGCCCAGGUAGUCAACGUCAUUGCGCUUGUACUUGUUCCUGUCGUGGUCAUGGUGGUGGGUCGAAUUCAUUCGAAUGGCGUGUCAAGGGAGGAGAGGAAAAGACGAUUCGUACAAAAAGCUCGAUACUAUGCACUAGGUUUAUCCAUGUGCAUUAUCACGGCGGCUUCGAUGGCUGGUGUGGCCGCCUUGGUGUGUCUUUUACUUCUGACAGUGAACCCUCUGAUGACUUAUGGUGGCAUCUAUUUGGCAGCCUUGUGCAUUUUCCUGGGCGGUUUGUUUGGCUUAUUACUAUGCCAGUGGAUGCUCGAAAAAAUACCUGUUGUGGCGAAGCUCGUUCCUGGAAAGCCAAAACAAAGCUUUGAUUUCUACUUGUCAGGGCUCACGAUGUUGUGGUGGGUUCUUGUGGUGGCUGCGGCCCAUCUCACCAGCCAUCAUGUGACCGGAUCUUACUAUGGGGUGUACUUCCUUGGAAGCACAGCGUUGAGUUGGGCCGUAUAUUACUGCAUCCCAGAAGAGCAUGAAUGGCGUUACCCAGUGACAAUGGUCGUACAGACAUUGGUGCCUACGAUUCUCAUGGCAGAGUUAUGCUUCCUCACCAUGGAUGCCCUACGCCACACCACCGCUGACGGAACUCCAGAACGUGCAGUGUACCUGUUCAUGACCGUACCAAUACUUCUCAUCACCCUUCAACUGUUGCCGUGGAUUCAGCUUGCAGGGAACAAGAAGAAGCCGACUUUAAUAGCCGAUCUGGCAUUAGCUGUGGUGUUGGUGAUCUGCCUCGCAGCGUCACCGUACAAUAGCAGCUGGUCUCCCAAUCGAGUCUUAUUCAAUCAGGAGUACUAUACGACCGAUUCCUUGGCGACAGUGUCUGUUGUGACGACGGUUGGGUUGCAAUCGACGCUGAGACAAGCCUUGUCCACGAGAGAAUAUGAUACGUUGUCAUGUGAUCCGUUCAAUGGUCAGACCAAAUGUGUCUACGAAACGUCGUUGACACCUCUGUAUGGUCGUAGACCCGGGGAAGCGAGUGUGCACAUUCGCGAGUCAGGGUGUGCCAAUGGUCGUUGUCAAUUGAACCUCACGACGGUCGCUCGAAACAGCUUUAUAUGCCAGUUACAAUUCCGUCUACCAGUGUAUAAUGCAAGAGCGUGGAUCAAUCAGCACAGCGUAGCUCCGGAAGGGUCACUCGGUGCUUUGGUAGCCACGUCGCCAUCGCUUGGCAAGAAGAUUAUGUGGGAUAUCGAGUAUCCUGACAGCGAAGGCUCCAACCAAGUCAUGCUGAACUGUCUGUACGAUGAAUGGACCAACGGAGAGAUUCCCGCUUUUACCACGUUGCGCAAUAACAUGCCCGAAAGCAGUUUGCUUACCAUGCGUGGCGGUGUAGGUCUCGUCAAAGUACACUAUGAUCCAUGGAUCAACCUAUCAUCGUGAUGAUGCGUGAUGGAUGAAAAAAUACAAUAGCUUGUUUGUUGUUUUUAAUGUUUGAUGAAAAGAAAAAGAAGAUGUGAACUACGAAUAUAUAAAAGAAGGAGG